AUGAAUCCAGCCCAGCAGGCAAUCCAAAUCGCCGCCAUCAACCAGCUGCUUGAAGGAUCUGGGGCGGUAGUAGAUUUCCAGCUGCCGACCGAAGCUCAGAAGACUCGAGGACGACCGAAAGGCGCAACAAACAAACCAAGGACCACCAAAUGGGAACUGUUGGAGUUCAAACAUGUCAAGAAGAAGAGGAAGAAAGACGAGAGUGAAGCUGUCAAAGCAAAGAAACAGAAGCUGAACAAUGCGAAAGCGGCCAUGAAGGAAUUCCGAAAAGCUGACCAGAAGGCAUUACAGAAAGAAGAAGACGAGGCGUUGGAAGAAGAAGAACAGAUCGAGGCAUCUGAGGCCAGGAAAAACAGCCCCCAACCAAGCAAGAGGAUCCUCCCACCUCGUCGCGCUUGGGUCAAAGCGCCCCCGCCAGCCAAAAUUGACUUACCCCCUGCAAAGCCCAACGAAGCCGCACCCUCCACGACUGAGAAAGAAGAUUCCCCUCCCACCAAAGCAGGACCAGCCCCAAAGAAGAAGAUUCGACCCAUCAAAACAGCGAGCCUCCCUGCGAAAGAUCAACCCCCAUCCAACGAGCAACCCGCGGUUCUUCCCCCCAAACCAUUUGACGAAAACGAGCCAGACGAAGCGGACUCAUCCUUCUAUCGCCAGUAUCUCCCCAACAUAAUCAAGGACUCAGUGAAAAGCAUACUCAACCCAAGAUCCGAUGGUCACUGUGGCUAA